CAAUCGACGCUGCUUUUAGCUUCUCAGCAGAAGCCAAGGAAAUAAAUUGGGUUCUCUGCAACCGAAGCAUUUUUUGUUACCUUCACAAUUUCGUUUCUUCAUCGUCAACUUCAAAAUGAAGUUCAAGCCUGAUGGGUUCGCUUGAUUCCUGAGUUAUUAUUGCUGCAACCCUUCAUUCAAAACAAUGAUAAUUUCCUUAUGCAAGAGAUUACUUCAAGAGUGAUUUGAUCUUCCUACAAUAAAUUCCUGGACUGUGCAGACGAGUGGCUUGCUUUUGAUACGGGUUGCAACAUUUCGAUUAGCUUCGUGAAGCCGCACCUUCAAGGUCUAGGAAUCCCCAGAGAAGAUGGAGGAGGAUGAGGAUAUAUACACGGUACCUCUUGAUGACACUGUUGAAAUUGGGGGGUAUGAAGUGGAAGCUGAUGAGGUCAUAUGCACGGUUCCUCUUGAUGACACUGUUGAAAUCGAUGGGCAUGAGCUAGAAGAUGAUUUGGAAAAUGCUUAUGUAGAAGACACUGAAGAUCAGGAUGCCCCUGAUUCUCGUGAAUAUUUGAGGGCUCCUGUCAUAGGUGAUCAUGCCCUGAAAGAUAUUGUGCUUGACAGUGAUGAGCAGGAAGCCGAAAGGGUUGGCUGCGUGUCAACUGUAAAGAACAUGGAGAAUACGAGUAAUAAAUGGAAGCUCAAUACCCUGGUGUACCGGAGGAAGAGAAGCAAAAUUGUUGAGGUUGGUGUCGAAGAUGCUGUGCUUGGCAGUGCCGAAGAAAUAGAAGUUGUUGACUGUGGAUCAGCUUCGAAGAGUUUGGAAGAAAUGAAUAAUAAAUGGAAGCUGAAUAGCCUCGUAUACAGGAGGAGGCGAAGUAAAAAUGUUAGCGUUUGUGAACAUUCCAUUCUGUCUUUAGCUUCUGCUGAAAAGGCAACUUCUGAAGGAAAUCACAAGAUUGAGAAGCAUGGUACUGUCUCUUCCCAUGCUUCAAAUAUAGGAAUACAUUCACUUGAUGAGAAAAUACGACAUUCUGAGAAUAAAAUUUGCAAUAAGGAUGAUGGGAGCUUGGAGUGCAAUGAGAAGAUGAGGAGACAUUUUGCUGUCGACAGUGAUGCUGAUAGAUUUGCUUCAAGCCACUGCGAAACCAAGCAUGGAGAAAAUGACGUCCCACGUCAGAUUUGCCUGAAUGAGUUUGGAUUGGGUAGUGAUUCUGAGGAGCCCAAAGAACCUUACCACAUGAAUGCCCUGGAUUUUGUAGAUCAUUUUCUGUCCGUUAACAAUCUGAACAUAUUGGAGAAUCAGAAGAGUGAUGGUCAAAGAGGGGGGAUUGAGAAAUCACCUCCGGAAUUCAGUGUAAAAGGUGUGCAAUCGUUGGCAAAGAGAGCCUAUCUCGCUGCUAAACCAAGAGAUAUAACAAUCUUUGACUGGGAUGAAAAAGAAACGACUGAAUGCAAUGUUGUCAAGGUAUCAAAUGAAGAGGAGUUGCAUGUCAAAUCACUUCAGCAGUCACCAGAAAAAGAUGGUAGUGACACACAGAUAAUAGCAGAUACAUGUGAUUUUGGCUAUGACACUCAAGUAGCUGCUGAAGCUAUGGAAGCUUUAAUGUAUGCACCCCUUCCAAACAUCAGUGUGCUGCAUACUCAAGAGUUUCCAAGAGAUGAGGUUGGUAACUUAUCCGAAGUUGCACCAAAGAGCAAGAAAUGCACCAAUUUUGAGAUGCCUGGCUCAGUUUCCCUAAUCAACCAGAAACAGGUAGAGAAUAUGAGCACCAAAAAUUUUAACAAGUUGAACCAAGAUGUAUCCUGUCCCCUUAAAAUGCACUCUGGAUACAAAAAUGAAUACAGUUCUCCAUUGCGUCCAAAGAAUAGCGCCACAUGCCGGGAGCCUCUAGCUGCAAAUUCUUUGCAUUACAGGAAACCCAUGGUUGUGAAGAAAGUCCUUGGUGGCAAAAAUUUAAGAUUGAUUAGCAAACAACAGGUGGAUGAAAAUCUAGAGAUGGAGAACUCAGAAGGAGCAGGCAACGGCUGUAGUUCAUCAAAAUUCACUCACAGCCAGCAGCACAUAGAGGUCAUGAUUGUCCAGAAGUUCAGGAAGUCAUCAGGUGGCGCCAAGAGAGAUAGAUGUAAACCAUUAGAGAGAAUUUCUGAAGUAUCUACGGCUCCAAGCCGUUGUUCCAAAAGAAGUAUGAACAAUGAUUUGGAGCUUGAUGUUGCAAAGAAGAGAAGAAUGGAAACUAGCUCAGAUGUUAACAUUCACAAAACUUUAGAAAGGAGGAAUUUGAACUCAAUUUCUGAUGAAUCAUUAGGGAUUAUGAGUUCAAAAAGAACACAAGGGAGAUGCAACUCAGGUUGGUUAGGGACUAGCACACUCUUGAAAUUGGAGCCAUGGUGCUUGAAAAAGAAGAAGAGAACACGUAAAGGUGUUCCCCGACUCUGCAAAGGGUCUAUUAACUCAUCUACCUUAUUGAAAGUGGUUGAUGAUGAACAGAUAGACAAAUAUCCGGUAGAACCUCCAAAGUGUGCAGCAGGACCAUUGCCUUCUAGUCAUGCAGAAAGUCUGUCUUUUCCACAAACAACACCGUCAGAAAAAGUUCCAAAGCAUAAGAUUCAGGAAAAGAGUAUGCCUGAUCCUCUUCCCAACUUUAUUCCUAGACAACUGAGAAGACGUAGGAAUGAUACUCUUUCAAUCUUAUUCAGUCAGCAUUUGGACUGUGAUAUCCUUAAUAAGCAGAAAAAGAUUAUUGCGCGGUUAGGCUUUUCAAUUGCAUGUUGUUGCUCAGAUGCCACACACUUCGUUACCGAUAGGUUUGCGCGUACAAGGAAUAUGUUGGAAGCCAUUUCUCUUGGUAAGCCAGUGGUGACCCAUUGCUGGCUUGAGAGCUGCGAUCAAGCGAAAUACUUUGUUGACGAAAAGCCUUUCAUACUGAGAGAUUCUGAAAAGGAAAAAGAAAUCGGAUUUAGCAUGCCAGUAACACUAGCUCAUGCUUGCAAGCAUCCACUUCUGACGGGUUUAAGAGUCUUCAUUACCGCAAACGUGAAACCUGAUAUCGAGAUGAUUCAGAGUUUGGUGAAGUUGCUUCAUGGCAAGGUCUUGAAAAGAAUUCCAAAGACAGAAUGGAACGGUGGUCAUGUCCCAAAUGAUUUACUAGUUCUCUCCUGCGAAGAGGAUUACGCUGCAUGUGUGACACUCCUACAUAAAGGUAUCAUUUCAACCCAUCUGUUCAGGAAAAAUCCCAGUUGUCUUCGACCUAUGAUAACUCUUUGAUGUUCUCUAUCUGCAGGAGUUGCAAUCUAUGAUCCUGAACUUUUGCUAAAUGGGAUAGUUAUUCAGAGGUUAGAACUUAAGAGGUAUGUGCGUCAACCUGAUAAACUGGUUUAUAUUGUGAUUUCAUUUUGUAUAGCUAUAGCAAUCACAUUUUUCAUGUGUCUUGGGACCAUGUGAAAGGGUUUACAAUUCCAAACUUCUAAUCCGCGGACUUCUUGAUUUGCAUAUCUUCUGCUUGCCACCUUUGGAGUGGAGUUGAAGUCUUAUUGCACCAAUGUUAACACAAAUUUCUCAAUGGCAGACAUCAGCUGUUCACCAAUAAUGCUCCAGGAAGCUGCCGAAAAAGAGCAAGAAAUCCCUUACAGCAUUAAGUGCUUGAAGUGUUAUGCGCAAUGAUUGCCUUGGUUCUGUAUUCAUCCCUUGGUUCCUUCUAUUUUGAAUGCCCUAGUCAGAUGGAGCUUUGGUAGAGUUGCUGAGAAUCUGAGCUUUAUGUUGAGCCAAACCCACAACAAACAGAAUGCUGAUGAAAUGAUCCAAAUUGUGGCGAGUUUGUAUUAAAUGUCAUCAGCAAACUCUUAUUAACUUGUCCGAGUAAAAAUGUAGUAUUAUUAAUAUGGUAAUUUCUUUUUUGUUUUGGGCUCUCAGCUAUGCGUCAAAAGCCUAAUUGGUGUUUUAUACUUCUCUCAAUUUCAAAGUAAUAUAAAUUUAAAACUCAACGUGCACUAUCUGACUAAAGAUUUUUGUCUAAAAUGAAAGGACAAAAGAGAGAUUUUUUUUUACAGAUUAGACUAUUAAAAAGGGGGAAAAAAAUCUGAG